AUGAGAGGUCGACGAAUACCAAUCGCACUACCGAACACUGGCGCACUGUCCCGUAGAAGACACACGCUGUACAUUCGAUCCGCCAUAAUUGUAUUCAUCCUGUUUGCGUUCCUGCAGUUUCAUGUGAUAAACUAUGACUCCUCCGAUAGCGGAUCUAGCGACAGUACCAACUAUUCCACGGCAGCGAUCCUGCAAAUGGUGCCGCCGGUAUUUCACAAGUAUUUGACCGGAAAACCUCGCAACUCCACACAUGGUCAAAAUGGUACACACUUUGGGGGAGAGGGGCCCCGGACGGCCAACAUCAGCGACAUCCUUCGCAUGAUACACCGCUACAAUGACCUGCAGACUGUUCUCAACGAGGACAUCUACGGUCCGUUACAAAAUGAUUCUGUGAUAAUAGUAGUGCAGGUACACAAAAGGAUAACAUACUUACGGCAUUUAAUUGUAAGCUUGGCCCAAGCGAGAGAUAUUUCGCGCACUUUGCUCGUCUUCUCACACGACCACUACGACGACGAUAUCAACGAUCUGGUACAGAGUAUAGACUUUUGUAAGGUAAUGCAGAUUUUCUAUCCGUUCUCCAUACAAACGCACCCGAACGAGUUCCCCGGUGCCGACCCCGGCGACUGCCCGAGGGAUAUUAAAAAAGAACAGGCGCUGCUGCGGAAGUGCAACAAUGCACUGCAUCCCGAUCUGUACGGGCACUACCGGGAGGCGAAAUUCACACAAACCAAACACCACUGGUGGUGGAAGGCGAACCGUGUGUUUGACCAGCUGGAAGUGACCAAGUACCAUACGGGGAUGGUAGUAUUUCUCGAGGAGGAUCACUAUGUAGCCGAGGACUUUCUCUACAUCCUCGAGCUAAUGUUCCGGAAAUCGCAGGACCUGUGUCCGAAGUGUAACAUCCUAUCGCUAGGCACAUAUCUGAAAACUUUCAACUACUACACGUACAACAAGAAGCGUGCCCAGCUGAACGGCUGGUAUCCGAGAAAGGUAGCAAAAGUGGGAACUGUCUGGGAAGGGCAACAGUCAAUUCUAUUGCACGGUACGAAUACCGAUCGAGGAUCGUCCGGCUCCUUUUCGAGCGCCUACAGUGUGCUUAGUAGAAGUCAGUUGAAAGACGCAGAACGCCGAAUUCGGGCAACGGUCGAUGUCGGUGCGCUGCUAGAUCGAAAUCACAACUUCCAAUCGGAUUCGACGGGAUCGAUUCUUGGCACAUUAGAUGCAUUGCGGAUGCCCACUAGCCGCCGGUCACCGCCCGAUCUGCCUGCUUGGUUCGAUCGGCCACAAGACGCACUGACUGGACAGACACACCACAGCAACAUUUUUGCAAACAAUGAACGUAACGGUUUUCUGAAUCAUCCUUCCAAUUCAAAACCACAACCGGUACCCGACAACGUCUGGCAACAACGGCGUCCGCUGCAGCAUCAGCAACAGCAGAAGCUGCUCCAACAGCAACGCCAAUUGCAGCAGCAACAGCAGCUGAUGCUACAGAAGCAACGACAGCAGCAGCAGGAACGGCAGCAGCAAGAGCAACAGUCGCAACAGCAAUCGCUUCAGACGCAGGUCACCACGGAAAAGUAUGCGUCACAGUCGCAGUGGGGCUACCAGGUGCUACCAACCCUGUACUCGAUCUAUCAGAAGGUUGAGGUGACGCCCUGGAUAAGCAGCAAGCACAACAUGGGCAUGGCGUUUAAUCGUACCACCUGGUACGAUAUAGUACGCUGUGCGCGUCAUUUUUGCGAGUAUGAUGACUACAACUGGGACUGGUCAUUGCAGCACGUUUCGCAACAAUGCCUAAAACAAAAGCUGCACGUGAUGGUGGUGAAAGGACCGAGAGUUUUCCACAUCGGCGAAUGUGGAGUACAUCAUAAAAAGAGUAACUGCGAAUCGAAUCAGGUGAUCUCGAAGGUGCAGCAGGUCCUGAAGGUGGCGCGUGGCUCCCAGCAGCUGUUCCCCCGUUCGAUAUCACUCACACAGACCAGUGUGAUAAAGAAAACGAAGCUGCGCAAAGGUAAUGGUGGAUGGGGCGAUCAGCGAGAUCAUCAGCUGUGCUUCAACAUGACGCUCGUUGGGCGGUAA